AUGCAUCCUCAAAUCCUUUUCUCGCCAGCUCCUUCGAAGUCUGCACCUCAACCGACAACGGACAUAUAUAAUACCCCCCUCCACUCGCACAAUGUCUAUCCGCACGUCGUCCCCAGCCUCCCAUCGUUGAUCGAAGAUCGCAUAUCAGGCCUGCCACAACACCCCCGUAUCAACUCGUACCACAUAUAUAUUAUAGGCUAUAGCUACGUUUCAAGCCCGCCGUGCUCACCGGCGUCCGUUCCUUGGAACUCGAGCAGCAGAGGGAUCGCGACGUCGCUGCGGGUGUGGCUGAGGAGAGUUGAAAAGGUUCCUUCUUGGGACCACUCUUCCAGUCCUUCGUUCUGGUCCUCACCUCGAGAUCUCUUCUCGACCACCAGCGUCGAUCUCAAAAUGGACUAUACCCUCGCUUGGUCCGAUCGCGAGCAAGCUCGCCCUGCCUACCCAAGCACGGUCCGGGCGAACGCCCGCAUGGAGUCAACCAUCGGACCUUUCGUGCGUAAGUCCCUGGAGAUUAACAACCUUCUGGUCGAGAUAUUCAACGAAAAGCUGGGCUUACCGCCCGGAGUGUUGAUGGACCAACAUAAGAUGGAAGAAUUCAGUGGGAGCGAGACGAGGAUCACGAGAAACCCACCGACGACGAACGUCGCAAAGCAGGCGAUUUCGGGCUACUUUCCUUUCUUCACAACCGUUUGGGCGGCCUUCAAGUUCUUGUUCCAGGAUCCGAUAGCUGGCACCUAUCCCAAGCCACGCCAUCUGCAACGUCGGGGACGCGCUGGCCAUCUUCAGUGGUGGGAUCUCCGCUCGAACCUCCACCGAGUUCUCCCACCUCCUGGAUCCCAAGCCGGCCUCGAACGCUGGUCCCUCGUCUACUUCACGCGACCUGGGAACUCGGUCGUCCUCCGAGCGCUCGUCGAGAAUAGCCCGCUCAUCGCCGAAGCAGUCUCGAAGACACCGGAAAAGAACUACGAGACCGGUGCUACGGCAUUUGAGUGGUUCACGAGGAGGAUUAAAAACCAGAGGAUUAAUAAUAGGAAGAAAGACAGGUACGGUUCCCCUAAACGGCGAAUAGCGAGAGCUACACAAUUCGCGAGCUACCUAGAGUAG